AAAAUCUAAACCCCUGUCUCUCUUUCCCUUUCUCCACCGCCCUACCCUCGCCCACAUCGCCGCUAGCCAGAUCCGUCGCCACCCAGCCAGGUCCGACAUCCAGUAUGUCGUCGCCAACAUCUAUUCCAGGAUUUGCUUUUUGGCACGACAACCUGGAUGGCAGGCGAUUCAUGCAACCGAUUGCAGCCAUCCCGUGGCCAGACCUUCUUCGCCUGUGCCUGUAUACAGAUCUAAGCCUCUAUUCAAUUGUUUUCACCACCUUGAUGCUAUCCUUAGUAUUAAAUGUGUUAAAAUGCCUCAUGUCAGCCACUAGUCAAUCUACGUGCUUUAAUUGGUUAUAUUUGACUUCACAUGAAAUGGCCACAUCUCUAAGGAGGCGCAUAUUUCUACUAACCAAUCUCUCUUCCUUUGCGAGAUGUUUCUAUCUAUGGAUUUUGAUUGAAGACGUUGCCUUGAAGAGAUAUGAAGUGUUUGGUAGGUUGGGAAAAGUCAGAAAAUGAGGUUGCAGUUCUAAAGCAGCAACUUGAGGCAGCUGAGCAGCAGAACUUGACUUUGGAUGUUCGUGUCAACCAUCUUGAUGUUUGCGAGGGGUGAAGUAGUCUAAUGUUAUAGACUAACUUAAUGUAGACUAGUUUAAUGUUUUGUGGAUGUUUACAAAUGUUGAAGUAGUUUAAUGUUGUUUUGAUGUUUGCAAAGGUUGAAGUAGCUUAAGUCUCUUGUGAAUGUUUGAUUGAUGUUUUUAUUCAACUUUGAAGUAGUUUCAAAUUGAAUUUGAUGUAUUGGUGGUUGUAGUAUAUGUGUUGUAAUAGUAGUUUAAUGUUUUAUGUA